AUGAUUCGUCAAACUCUUCGUCUUUUCUCAGCUGCUGCUACUGCUGCCGCCAAGCCAGCUGCUGCCGUCGCUGCCACCAACAGCAACAUGCCAGAGCCAAUGGUCAAGUUCUUCUCUGACGAGAACUUGCGUACCGCCGAUCUCCCGGUGUUUGACAACUCCAACAUCUCCAAGAUGAGCGACGACGAAUUCGAAUUACACUUUAACAAGGUGAUGAACAACCCAUUGUUCCAGACAGACUCUGAGUUGAUGCGUGCCUAUCGUGACUACGAAGCCAGUCUCCGUGCUAUGGAUCAAUACAAGCCAUUGCCAGAGAUCGCCGCCGCAAAGUCGAUGAACGCCGUCAACUGGGAAUUCAAAAAGAACUUUGUUCCAGCCAAGACCGUCGAUUACAUUCGUGACGUCUUCCAACAAUCGAUCGAUUCCAUCGACUCUUGGGAAGCCGAAGAGAACAAGAUCUUUGCCGAUGCCGAAAAGCAAAUCGAAGAAGCUGUCAGACCAUUGCAAACAUUGGUUCCAGAGAUUCAAGCAUCACUCGAUGCCAUUCAAGCUCAAUUGGUUGAAGCCGAUGACUUUAAGAACAGAUUGAAGACAGUCACCAUCGAAGAGAUCUUGAAGAAGAACCCAGAGAUUGAAAAUGAGAUUUACGACGAAAUCACCACAUCUGAAUGGAUGAUCAAGGACAAGACACAUUUAGAUCAAGUAUCAUAUGUAGUAUUCAAAGUGAGAAUGUUAAGUCAAUCAUCACUACAGAAUACUCAAAAGUUCCAACAACAACAAUCAACUUUUCAAAAUCAACCUCAACCACAACAACAGCAACAACAACAACAACGUCAAACACAACCAACAUCACCAAAUCAAAAUGUUAUAGAUCAUCAGACUAUCGUUGGUAGAUUGACUACCGAUUUCGAAUCCAGAAUGUCAGAAUGGAAACAAUGGACAUUCAUUUCAUUCUCUUUCUGGUAUUCUCUGAUUAUAUUCAUACAAAUGAUAACUCUUUCAAAAUUUACAUCUUCAAGUUUCAAUGUUUGGUACAGUUUAAUAUAUGUUGGAUUCCAGUUGAUUCUUAAUGUUUUAUAUGGAAAGACGGUUGGAGUGUAUCGUCAAGUACCAGCAUCGUUUGGAGAGAUGUUCUCAUCGUUGUCUGUCUAUCAUUGUUUGUUCAUUGGCUCCAUUGUCAUUGGUCAACCCAUUCUUUUGUUAUCGCUAUUCAACUUGGCACCCAACACCUUUACAUUUUCAACAAGAAUCAUUGAUUGUACCUUACAAACAGUCGAUGGUGAAUGUUAUAGUUAUAGUAACCCAUUCUUUUAUAUCUAUUUAUUUACAUCGAUUGCAAUCAUUGCUAAACUCUUAUACAAAAUGUUAUCAAACUUUGAGAAUAUUCUUUCUUUUCCAAAGAUUCAAUUCUCUUUAUUCCAACAAAGUAAACAAGCAAUCUACAAUUGUAUUUGGAAUUCAUUUGUAGAAUCAAGUCACUUGUGUUUUGGUGUAUUGUUCUACGGUGUCAUAUUAUUGAUACUCUUCAGUACACUACCGAUUCGUAUCAUUCCAUAUGUAUCGAAAUUGUGGCUCUACGCACUGGUACUCUUCUUCCAACAAUAUCUUCGUCAAAUCCUAUAUGAAAUCUUUUAUACAAGAAGUAUUAGAUUUGUAACUGACAAAUUUACAAAUGUUACAAUCGAUAAUAACAAUGUAUUUUUGUUACAGGGAUUGGGUUCGAUCGAUCCUUUGAUUCAACAUCAUGCUUGGCGUGACUUUUUGCAUCUCUCGCAACACUCGACACACAGACGUGCCUAUCUCUUCAAUGAGAUCAAACAACUCGUCGAUAUGCCAUCGAUUAUCAAGAUCGUUCAAGAAUAUGAUAGAAUGAUGAGAGAUCUUAUCAACAAACUACAAUGUCCACCUGAAUAUUAUUAUCAACAAAAACAACAACAACAACAAGAGAAUAGUAAUAAUAAUAACAAUAAUAGUAAAAGUAAUGAAAUAUUAAAUAAUUUAUUACUUCUACUUGGUAAGUAUACAGGUAUUUCGCUGGAGUUUGAUGUCUAUGAAUGUGAAAUACGUCAAUCGUUGUCGAAUACACAACCUUUGGUUUGGGCAAUCGAAGCGAUCGCCGCUUUCAUUCUGUCGGCGUUCGUUGAGUGUGCUGCCUCGACCAGAGAGACCAGAGAGAAUGCCGUGCUGAUUCACAAGUAUCAGAUCAUACAGAAGUUCUUGACACCGCUCGUAGAGUUGAUGGCUGUGCUAGAUCGACUGGAGAUGAAGAAUGUGUGCACCACCACUCUCAAGGAGUCGUCGGUGAUUCCCGACCCGUUCCUCAUUAAGACACUGCUGCGUACCAACGAUUUGCCACCAACUUGUCUCGGUGUUCUCUCGACUGUUCGACCACACUUUAGACUACUGAAAUACGUUGGAAAGAACACUAUCACUCAGAUACUCGAUCGUGUCGGUAAUCAACUCUCCGACAGCUCAUUCCCAUUGCAAUACAGACAACUCUUUAAAGAGUAUAGAACCGGUGAAACAUUUAUCUACACAAAAGUAAAUUAA